ACCAGCGCUUGCCGCUUUAACUACACGCUGCGUUGUCAGGUUCUCGCCAUAUCGCCAUAGACAUCAAACGGGUAUAGACGAACAAAAAGCUUUCGAGCAGUGCAAACGGUUCAGCUCAAUUCUCAAACUAAUAACACAAGACUAACUGCAUUCAAACAGUUCAUAAAAAUUAAACGACAGUUGUGUGGCUGUGCUUUAAAAGUGUUGUCUACAAAAGAAAUCACAAAACCAUGAAGUUCCUCAUCGGAUUACUUGUUGCAUCUUUGGCUGUGGGCGGUGUGCUUUGCGUACCGGCCGGCUCUCCACGAGACGAUGCCGAGGUGAUUGAUGUGCCACGUCGCCACAGUUAUGCCAAUUCGGAUGAAAGUUCAGCCGGUGAACCUGACUUCAAAGAUUUCAAGGGUGUCAUCGAUACUGGUGUGGGCUAUCCAUUCCUGCAGCCGCAUCCAUUGCCGUUCUCAUUCAAUUUGGGAUUCUUCGAUGCCUUUGAAGAUAUUUUCCGUCGCCUACGUAGUCAGCUGUGGUCCUCAACCGAAGACGGUUUGGGCUCUUUCGAUAGCUCCAAAGGCAAUACAACCUCAACUGUUAAGGUUGUUGAUGGUCACAAGAUUGAGGUGAACGAGACCGUAUACGGUGAUGCUGACAAUCUCUUCAAGGUGCGUUUGGUCAACAUUCGUCCGCUCGAGUCGGGCGAAGAAGUUGACGAAACACCGGAUGCCAAGACACCAAAUGGAAAUCCAGUUACAUCAGCACCGAAUAAAAAUGCUGAAGAGAGCGAAUCGGAUGAGCGUCGUGAGCCGUUGGAGAAGAAUUCCUAUGAGAAUGAGAUCAAGCAUAACAUCGACGAUCCCGAGGUAAAAUAUCAUACUGAUCCCCAGCCACUAGCGCAUCAACUCAUACACGAAGACACAAUGUUGCCAAUAACAAAUGAGGACAAUGCCGCCAACUUAAAUGCUGCAUUUGUUACAGACAAUAGUCUUGAAGUGGCAGACGGCAACGGCAAAGGAAACGCUGAACAGAGUUCGGAAGAAGAAAUCGCCGAGGUAGUUGAAAUAGACGGAAAUAUCGAAGCGGAAACCAAUAAGUCUGUUAACAACAGCGAGAUAAAAGCAACCGGAAUGGAAAACCUCGAAAAUACUACAGCUGAAGUUGAGGAGCUGACAACAGCACAAGCAACAGCACAGGAUGAUGUUGAGAACAACGAGGAUGGCGAGCUUACAAUUGAAAAUAAUGAGGAAACGGUAGCGAAUAACAGCCGAAAUGAGUCAUCAAAUAGUGAUGCCGUAGCAGCAGCAGAAGCUGGAGAUGAGGAAGCUGAGGCCGAAGCAGCGACUGAUGAUUAUGCAACUAACGUUGAAGAGGCCGCCGCCGCCGUCGCCGCUGAUGAGGCAACCACUGAGGCUGAAGAUGAUUUGCGCGCUGAAUUGGAUGCGGAAAAUAUUAACGAAACAGCUAGUGAUGAAGCAGCAGCAGCCGGAAUCGAUGAAGUAACUGAGCCAGUGAAAUCAACUGUUGAUGAAACGGCUGAAUGGUUGGGUGAAGAUGCAGAUGCUGUUCCUGGCAUUGACGAGGUUGACAACGACGAACCAAAUGAGAAACGUUACGCAAAUUAUGCAAACAACAAGAAUCGUGAAGAUCUCUCAUCGUCCGAUGACGAGGCGGAGGGUGAGGAAGUGGAGAUGAAUCCUGGUUUCGACUCCGAGUGGGGUGAUUUAAAGGAAGAUCUGGCGCGUGCCUCCAAUGAACAAAAUGAUUUGAGUAAUGACAUUGAUGCCUUCGAGGCGGUGCCGGUGGAUUUGUCCAAUGACAUUGCCGUCAAUGAUAUAGCAGCGGCAAAUCCCGAUUUUCCCACAAAUCCCGAUGCGGAAGUGUUUGAUGCGAAUGCUUUGAAAAAUCCCGGCGCUGUGCCGAUGUUCGAAAAGCUGACCAUUUCGGAAAACGCUGAGCCUGCCAAAUAGGAAGUGUGUGUUGAGUAGCUACCUACCUUUUAGACUUAUUCAUAACUAGUGCCAAACGCUCUCAGCUGUAGUAUUUAAGUUGAGUGUUGCGAAAAUUUGCGAGAUUUUUAGUUUAAGUUAAAGCUAGUAGUGAACUAUUUACGAAUUUUGUAAGACUUACAAUGCUCUGUGUGGUUCACCGCAGCGCUCGGGUAAUAUGAGUCAUACUCCAAGAUUUCUACGCAGCGCUAAGUUUAUAGUAUUUCAUUGAUGUUUAAUUAAGUAAAAUUGAGCGUAAAUGCAAGCGAAGCUUUAUCAGUAUAUUUGUAAUUAUUAUUUAGUUUUCCGCGUAAUUACCUUUAUGCCACUUAAUUAAAUUUUGUAUUUUUGAGUCUAAAAAAUCGCUUUAAUAUAAUACUCAUCACCCGUUGCAUAUGCUAUAUAUUUUAUUACAGUUACUUAUACAUAUCACAGCGCAUUUAAAUUUUAAUAAUUUACACUUGUUUUAACCGAAAAGACUAAAGCGAAAUUUCAUACACAUUGUGUUUUUAGAUUUUACACCUAUUUAUAUACAUAUACUAUAUGAAAUAAUAAUAAAUUAUAAUAAACUAUAACUCUGUAUAUUUGAAUUUGGUAUUUGUAUAUAUUUUUUCAGUACUAAACCCAUUGGACUCAGUUAACUACAAAAGGUGUAUACCCUACAUAUUAUUUAGACUUAAAAUUGUUUAUUUUCCACAGAGAUAGAUCUCAUAUUCGACUAGAACGAUUAGGCUGCAUAUGUUCUGAAACCUUAUCAUAUGAUAUUCUGUAGCGACAGAAAGUAUCCCUAAAUAAAUGGUAAGGCGGUAUUGGGACGAUAGUCUACAGUCGACUAUAAAUUCGGUUCAUAUCGGUUAGAUAGACCCUAUUGUGGAAUGUAGGGAAAAUAUAAUAAUGCAUCCGUGUCUGUAAUCCUCAUUCCUUAGAGCAACUAUGUUCCAAGAUAUCACCUAUAAAUUUUAAUCUCCAAUGGCAAUGGUUUAAUUACACCGGAAAAUAAAAGCUCAACAGAUUAAAGCUCAAUUUUUGCAUUCAUGGUCAAAAUUUGAUACCCUUAUGCCUAAUGUUCAAUUAGAUAAGUUUAUAUUAUAUAAUUUUCUUCAAAACUGGUAAACCCUGUGAACCCUAGGUUAAAAUAGACUUAAAGUGGUUACACAAUUCUAGAAUAUCGGAAAAUCAUCUUCCGAACAAUACAGAAGAAAUGGGAACUCUAUUAAAGGGGUUUUAUUUACUAUAUUAAUUAUACAUUUAUAAAAUCCUGAAUCCUUUUUUCCUAGAUUCAGUAAAUAAUUAAGUAAGCUUUUAGUUGAUGGUCCAGUAAUUUUAUAAAUCUGAGCACGUAACAUGUGACUCUGAUCGAGUGCAGACCUUCGUACCUUAGCAAGACUAAUUUAAUUCACUUAUCAAUUCUACUAAAUCGGUCUGAUUGAGAGUUAAACAAAUUGAGACGAUUUAAGUAUAAAAAAAAAAUUCAAGUCUCAGAAAAAAUUUUAACUUAAUAAUAUUUCUUAAUUGAACUCAAUUAAUAAGUUGUUUAUAAUAAGUACAUUGUACAGGAUAAAAUCCUUAAUUGACUAAGCUACUUCUUAUUAUUUCGAACCUUAUAAUCCAAAGACAUUUGUUACAUAAAGACAAUUUCCCAAUUGCAAUAAAGAUUUCUGGUUAAAUUAUCCAAUUAACAAAUUGCCUACAUUAGGUAAUUGUAAUUAAGGGGGGGGGGGCAAGGUUUGACAAAUUUUGUUUUUUAAUUUUUUUUCUGAACCAUCAAUAUCUCAAGAAUAUUGUGUUAAAAUUUUAGGCCAUUCGGAGAAAAACUAACGAAGUUACAGGAGGUUGAAUAACGAUACCUCCAGCUAUCUGCGCUGGGUGUACAAAACUUUGAAUCGAUUUUCCCAAAUAUGUCAUUUUUAAAGUCGGUGACCAGCCUACAGAAAAAACUACUGCAUCGAUCGUUUUGAAAUUUUGAACAAAUAUUCUACAUAUAUAUAGCUCUCGAAUGACGUCGAGUUUUUCCAAAAAUUUUAAUUACUAACAAUUUUACAAUAACAAAUAGGUCGAUUUUUUCGUCUAAAAUCGU